AUGGUGCUAAAGUCAAGAUUUUUAAAGGAAAACUUGCAAAGCCAAUCCCGGGAGCUACAAUUAGCAAUAUUGUGGAACAUUCUUGCUUUAAAUCCCCGAAUACAGACUCAUGCAGCCCUCCAUUCAACUGCGUCAAAGAAACAAGCUAAGAAGCAAUGGAAAAGGAAUUCUGAUAAAAGCUGUUCAACCUGCGAGACGCUGGAAAACAAUUUUGAUGACAUCAAGCCCACGACGCUGGGCGAGCGCGGAGCCCUUCGCGAGGCAGUGAGAUGUUUAAAGUGUGCGGAUGCCCCAUGUCAGAAGAGUUGCCCAACUCAUCUGGACAUCAAGUCGUUUAUCACAAGUAUCGCAAACAAGAACUAUUAUGGAGCUGCCAAAAUGAUUCUUUCUGACAAUCCACUUGGCCUCACCUGUGGAAUGGUGUGUCCAACUUCUGAUCUUUGCGUUGGUGGUUGCAAUUUGUACGCCACAGAGGAGGGACCAAUUAAUAUUGGUGGAUUGCAGCAGUUUGCUACUGAGGUGUUCAAAGCUAUGAAUAUUCCUCAGAUCAGGAACCCAUCCUUGCCUCCUGUGAAGGAGCUGCCUGAAGCCUAUCAUGUGAAGAUAGCUCUCCUUGGCGCCGGACCCGCGAGUAUAAGUUGUGCUUCUUUCCUCGCUCGCCUGGGCUACUCGAACAUCACCAUAUAUGAAAAGCAGGAGUAUGUUGGUGGCUUAAGUACAUCUGAAAUCCCACAGUUCCGAUUGCCAUAUGAUGUAGUGAAUUUUGAAGUUGAGCUUAUGAAGGAUCUUGGAGUGAAGGUUGUCUUUGGUAAAGGCCUUGCAGUAGAUGGAAUGACACUCCGUACCUUGAAAGAGGAUGGUUACAAAGCAGUCUUUAUUGGAAUAGGUUUACCAGAACCGAACCGAGACAGUAUGUUCCAAGGACUGAGAAUGGAUCAAGGAUUCUACACAUCAAAAGACUUUCUACCUUUGGUGGCAAUGGCAAGUAAACCAGGGAUGUGUGCCUGUCGCUCUCCAUUGCCAUCAAUACGUGGAACUGUGAUAGUACUCGGGGCAGGAGACACGGCUUUUGACUGUGCAACAUCUGCCUUGCGCUGUGGAGCCCGUCGCGUAUUUGUGGUAUUCAGAAAGGGAUUCAAUAAUAUCAGGGCUGUCCCAGAAGAGAUGGAACUUGCAAGAGAGGAGAAAUGUGAAUUUCUGCCUUUUCUCUCCCCUCGAAAAGUGGUUCUUAGAGGUGAACAAAUUGUUGCUAUGGAGUUUGUUCGAACUGAACAAGAUGAAGAUGGAAAUUGGAAAGAAGAUGAGGAUCAGGUUGUCCGCCUGAAAGCUGAUGUGGUGAUCAGUGCCUUUGGUUCGGUUUUAAGUGAAGCUAAAGUCAGAGAAGCCCUGAUGCCUGUCAAGUUUAAUAGAUGGGGUCUCCCUGAAAUUCAUCCAGAAACUAUGCAAACAAGUGAGCCCUGGGUGUUUGCAGGGGGAGACAUUGGUGGCCUCGCUAACACUACAGUGGAAUCGGUAAACGAUGGGAAACAAGCUUCCUGGUACAUGCACAGAUACAUACAGUCUUUAUAUGGUGCUGCUGUUUCAUCUACUCCAGAGCUCCCCCUCUUCUAUACACCUAUUGAUUUAGUAGAUAUCAGCGUAGAAAUGGCCGGACUGAAGUUUUUGAAUCCUUUUGGUCUUGCUAGUGCAACUCCUACUACUAGUUCUUCAAUGAUUCGAAGGGCUUUUGAAGCUGGAUGGGGCUUUGCUGUCACUAAAACGUUCUCCCUGGAUAAGGAUAUUGUGACCAAUGUUUCUCCGAGGAUUGUGCGUGGAAUUACUUCAGGUCCAAUAUAUGGCCCAGGCCAAGGCUCUUUUCUAAACAUUGAGCUGAUCAGCGAGAAAACAGCAGCGUAUUGGUGUAAAAGUAUUGCUGAAUUGAAAGCUGAUUUUCCAAACCACAUUCUAAUUGCCAGUAUCAUGAGCACCUAUAGCAAGAGUGAUUGGACUGAACUUUCAAAAAUGGCUGAGGUUGCUGGUGCGGACGCACUGGAGCUGAAUUUAUCGUGUCCCCAUGGGAUGGGAGAGAGAGGCAUGGGCCUGGCCUGUGGGCAGGAUCCAGAGCUGGUGCGGAACAUCUGUCGCUGGGUUAGACAAGCUGUUCGGAUUCCUUUCUUUGCCAAGCUGACCCCAAAUGUCACCGAUAUUGUGAAAAUUGCGUUGGCUGCACAGGAAGGUGGUGCAGAUGGUGUCACAGCUACCAACACCGUGUCGGGCCUGAUGGGACUGGAGGCAGACAGCACACCUUGGCCAGCAGUCGGGAGAGCUCAGAGGACCACAUAUGGCGGCGUGUCAGGAAAUGCCAUUCGUCCCAUUGCCCUCCGUGCAGUGUCUGCUAUAGCCCGGGCUCUUUCAGGAUUUCCCAUCUUAGCAACUGGAGGAAUCGACUCUGCCGAAAGUGGGCUCCAGUUUCUGCACAGCGGCGCUUCUGUUUUACAGGUGUGCAGUGCAAUCCAGAAUCAAGAUUUCACUGUUAUUGAUGACUACUGUACUGGACUGAGAGCCCUCCUCUACCUGAAAAGUAUUGAGGAACUUGAAGACUGGAAUGGACAGAGUCCUGCUACCAUCUGCCAUCAGAAAGGAAAACCAGUACCUAGAAUUGCUGAUCUGAUGGGAAAGAAGCUACCGAGUUUUGGGCCUUACCUGGAACAACGUAAAAAGAUAAUAGCCGAGAACAAGCUGAAGCUGAAGGAACAGAGCAUAGCUGUUUCGCUUCCCGAGAAGAAGCAUUUCAUUCCAAAGAAGCCCAUUCCAGCAAUCAAGGAUGUAAUUGGAAAAGCACUGCAGUAUAUUGGAGCAUAUGGCGAGCUCAGCAACACAGAGCAAGUGGUGGCUGUGAUUGACGAGGAAACGUGUAUCAACUGUGGCAAAUGUUACAUGACCUGUAAUGACGCCGGCUACCAGGCCAUUGCCCUGGACCCCGCGACGCACGUGCCGGCGGUGGGCGCCGCGUGCACGGGCUGCACGCUCUGCCUCAGCGUGUGCCCCGUGCCCGCCUGCAUCCGCAUGGUGGCCCGGACGAGCCCCUACGAGCCCAAGCGGGGGCUGCCCCUGGCGCGGCGCCCCGCCGACGUGACCACCGGCUAGGGGGAACCCUGCAGCGCUGCUGCCCUCGAGCCGCUUGCCAACCAACGCGUGAAAAGCUGCGCUUAGACAGAAAUGCAAUAUCGAUGGCCGUUGCAAAGAACGCAGGGUUUUUCCCAAUUAUUAUUUUGAUGACAAUUACGUUUUUUAAUUAGAGGCAGUAAUUAGUCACUCAUAGCCAUCAGUUGUCCAUUAUUUGAAAUACAACGUUUUCCUUACAAUUCAUGCCACAAUUUCCAAAUUCCUCUAUAGUCUCUUUAAUCUUUAUGUAAUUUUUCUGCUGUAAAUAUAAUUAAGAAAGCAUUUUUAAUGAACUACAAAUCAAUGUAAAAGCUAACUGUUUUCAGGGAGGUAUUUGGUAAUUAAACAUUGCAUUUAGUUUUAAAACAGUUUCUUAGAAGAUGUAAUUAAGUACAUAACAGUCAAACAAAGGAAUGUUUUUCUGUGGGAAGAAAUGAAAGGGAGUUUAAAACAGGAUUUAAGAACUGGAUUAAUCGCUUUCAACUACUACAGCAUAUAGUAGUAUGUAUUUUUAUAAUCCUUUCUAAUUCUUCCUCACACUAGACACUUUAUAGAAUAAAUUUACAAUCUGCUAAGGCAUGCUGGACUCUUCAGAUGUGUACGGUGUGUUGCUUGCUUGCUUGUUACUUUUUGCCACAGUGAACAGUUUUAUCCAUUGAAAAGUGUUUAAAGCAGAUUAUUAGGAAGUCCAGGUUGGAUUUCAGGAUUCUGAACUGUGAGACCCAUUUUUGCUUCAAAGUUCAUCCUCUAAAUAACUUUUAACUGUGUCCAAAAUGUUCCAAAAUGUGCGUGUUAUAGGUCAGAGAUCUGAUUACUUGUAAAUGGAAUAUCUACCCUACAAAUUACAUUUACCUAAAACAUAUGUCUAGGGAAAACAGGCAAACUGAUUUCCCCCAAUGCCAGUUCUUCAUGCUUAAUGCUUAUGUAUGGUUAUAGUAAAUUCACAAGCAGAAAGAAAUAUAGAUUUGUGUGCAUUGCUAAACAAAAUCUCAGUGUUAAUGCAUUUUUCAUGUGCAGUAGGCUCUUUCUAACAUGAAUACAUUGCAAUCGGCUUUACUCCACUUAAAACAUAGACCCUUUAGUUUCAUAAUAACAAUAAAUGAUGUAUCCAUUCAUUUUUUUAAUACCCUAUAUUGUGGUCAGCAAAUCUUUGAUUGAACUAAACCAUGCCUUUCUU